UUUCAAGGCGUCUGCUCCCACAGUUCUAUUGUGGACGAUAAGACCACCAAACUCUCUCCUGUUCUGCGAAAAAUCCUACAACAAAUCGCAAACUUGAACAUUUUGGAUGACCUUCAAUAAUUCUGUUUUCCCUUCAUCUUAUCAAUACCAAUAUCUCUAGCGCAUUAUAACAAGCAAAAUUGUAGUUUCCCCCGAAGUGUAGUUGUUUAAUUAUUACGUCGGUACAAUCAUCAUCAUCAUCAUCAUCAUCAUCAUCGUCGUGCUGUGCUCCAUGAGGGUUGGAUGAAAGUUACUUAAUCUUCUGCAUCACCUCCUCACCUUAGGUGUUUUGUCCUAACAACGAACAUUAGACCUGUUUUUGACACGACCACGACGAAAGAAGAUGACUCGUCCGCCACCUGCGCCACCCAUCUGGCUCAUCGAUGGGACACUAGUGGCCAGACGUAUGUUUGGAUUGACAGGAGAUCAAGUUAAGGAGGGGCUAUACAGAAGAUACUAAAAAGGUGGAUAAUUGUUCUUGACACAUAAUAAUCGAGCACCCCGUAGUGAGGGGCCCCUACUCCUUGAAUUAGCCCUCCACUAGAUGAGAGCAAUAACUACAAGAAGCUAGCAAACUACUUCAUCUACGUAGAAAGAUCUCGUCAAAUAUUAACAACCUGCUCUCCUUCAUCUGCUCUUCUAAGCAGUGUCGUUUUGUACAGAAUUUUUGCAAGAAGGUCUGGUCUUUGCGGUUGAUGGCGGAUACAGUUGGUGCGAAGCCAGUGGUUGUUUUCGAUCGCGACGCUAACGUUUCAUGGCGCAAAGAGUUUCAGCGAGAAUACAAACACCGUCGCUCCUUCGCCGGUGAGAGGGACCAACAGGUUUCUUAUUUCAUAGAAUUUGAUUCAUCGGGCAGUCGUGCUUCAUACGCGUAGUAUCGACGCGAAUGUCUUCAACAUGUAAGUAUUAUCCAAGUCACGACGCGGAGUCCGACUUUGCAUAUAUCACCACAGUCUUCAAAGACAUCACAAUUAUUAUUGAACACAUCAAAAACAUCAUAGAAUGUAUAAUGAAUAUAAAUAUUAUGAUGGCAGGAGACAGGUAUACGCGGCGAAUCUGAAUAUAGUGAAGACACGUUUUUUGAAGCACACGGGAGUGCCGUUCAUCGUCUCCGAAGGAGGCCUUGAAGGUGACGAUGUACUGGCGAAGCUUGCGACACGCGCAGCCGCGGAACGGAGUGUUAUAGAAGCAGAGAUCCGAGCGAGGGCUCCUCCCCGACGUCGGCUGCAGCGAGCAGGAACAAGAGAUGAAAUGUCGGGACGAGAGAAGCAAGGAGAUGAUAUAGUUAAGGCUAUCUUGACGGGGGGAACUCGGAGGGAAGGAGAUAUAAUUAAGGCUAUCUUGACGGGGGGAACUCGGAGGGAGGGGUUGUCCAAAUCUAGUGUUCUUACUUCAGCUCUUCAAGCGCUGCACUUUCCCUAUUCAUUCUCUUAUUUCAUUAUAACUGCUAACAAACUAAUGGUUGUUCCCCUUUUUAGGCGACCCCUCUUCCAUUACCUCCCAGAACCAGAAGGAAGAUCUAAUAUAA